AUGCUUCCACCAGCUCUCAACAUCCCCAAAUGGCUGGAAACCAACUCCCACCUCCUCCAACCCCCGGUAAACAACUACUGCGUCUACCACCCCUCCUCCCCCGCCACGCAAGGCUACACAGUAAUGAUAGUCGGCGGCCCCAACGCCCGAACAGACUACCACAUCAACACGACCCCGGAAUUCUUUUACCAAUAUAAAGGCUCCAUGCUCCUCCGCACCGUCGAUGAAUCCAGCACCCCGCCCACCUUCCAGGACAUUCCGAUCCACGAGGGAUCACUGUUCUUGCUGCCGGCGAAUACGCCGCACUGUCCCGUAAGAUUCAAGGAUACGGUGGGUGUGGUGAUGGAGCAGCCGAGGAAGGAGGGGGCGGUGGAUGCGAUGAGAUGGUAUUGUCGGAAUAAGGAUUGCGGGAAGGUGGUGUGGGAGAAAAGGUUUGUUUGUACGGAUUUGGGGACGCAGGUAAAGCAGGUUGUGGAGGAGUUUGCGGGCGAUGAGGAGAAGAGGACGUGUAAGGCUUGUGGGGUUGUGGCGAGGUCGAAGUAUGAGGAGGGGGAGGUGGUGCAGCCUUAG